ACAUCACGCAAUCAUAUCUGGCAACGCUUGCCGCAAAAUGGCAAAAAAAUAAUACAUACGAUUUUAAACUAAUGGACAAUUACGUAUUACGUGAAAAGAACGCCACAAAAAUAGUGAAAAGCUAAGCCAAUUGCCAAGCUAAUCGAAAGAGCGCGUGUGUGUGAGUGAAAAUCGCCAGAAAAAGCCGUGUGAAAAGCGAUUCAAGUGAUUCGAGGAACCUCCUCCGAUCCGAUGCCCAUUUCCACACCUUAUUAGAAUUUGUGCAUUCUUACCCCGAAAGACUGACGAAGUAAACGUAGCAGCUAGUAGGAAGGUCUGCUAACGCAACCAACGAUAUUCCAACACACAUUCGAAUUUCGAAUUAGAAAAAACCACCUACAAGCCCAAGUCCAAGUCCACGUCCACGUCCACAUCCUCCAGCGCAGCUCCGUGUCGAGAGAGAGAGGAGCGCGGCGGCGGCGUCAAGGAAGCUAACGCUAAUGAGGAUCUAUUGGCAGCAUGAGUACACUGGGGGGAAGUAGGGGAGAGCGAAAUGCCAAGCCCAAAUUUACAGCGUUGGAUAUAAAUCGCAUGUACAAGAAUAGCCGAGGCGAAUCGAGUGAACCAUCUGCACAAAAGAAUCAAGUGCCCCGUAAACAUGGAAUGCAAAUCUUGGGAAAAGUGCCGUCCGCUAGGCGACCACCAGCCAAUUUGCCAUCCCUGAAGGCCGAGACCAAUACCACCAGCAACAACAAUCUCCUAGUCUCAGUCGAAGGAGUAACAUCGGGAUCAGCAGGCGGAACAGCAGGAGCUGGUACGGCAGGAUCAAACACUAGCCAUAACAACGCCACUGCCCAUAGCGGAGGAUCAGCAGGUGUAACAGCAGGCGGCGGCGGUGCGGGAUCGGGCGGAGUAGGAGCUGCAUCUGGCGGCGGACACCAUCACCAGCAUCACCACAGCCAACAACACCACCACAACAACAACGUCGGUCUCGGCCCAAACUCCUCCGGGAAGUACGGCAACAAUACCAGCAACAACAGCAGCAACAUUAGCAAUAACAACAACGCCGGCGGCAAGAACUUUAAACUAAUCAACAACUCGGUGGGUAGCGGAGGCGGAGGAGGAAUAUCAGGAGGUUCCGGCAUAUCCAGCGGCUCCUUAGGCGGAGGCGGCGGAGGAUCUGGUUCCUCAUCUGGCGGUCCCAAAUCAUGGUCAGCUAUCACCACGGGACACGAGCGGGGCUCGGGUCAGCACUUUGGCCGACAGUCGCAGUCACACCAACAGCAAGUGGUGCCGCACUACCAGAGCCCACAGUUCCAGUACGAGUUUCCGACGCUGGACGGCACAGUUGGCAGCGGCGGCGGCGGCGGUGGUGGUUCGGGUGCUGGAACCGGUAUGGGAUCAGGCUCCGGAUCGGGAGCGAACAAGGGCCAUUACCAGAACCAGCAGAACCAUCAUCAGCACCACCAGCAACAGCAUCACCACCAACAGCAUCAGCACCAUCGGGACUACCACCAUGGACACGGGCGUCAGUACGGUGGCCACCACUCUCAUCGCGACUACAGAGAUGGCAGCGACGACGUCGGCGGCGUUUCCGCGGAGCUCGGCGAACUGAGUCUGCGUCCCCAGAACGAUACGGCCGCUUGGCUGCAGCAGCAGGAGAAGGCUGCCAAGGGAGCAGCCGCGGCGGCAGCAGCGGCCGCAGCAGCAGCGGCAGCGGACCUUGGCCUGAACCCACAGGGCCUGGGCCACCACCAGCUGGCGGGUAAUGGCGCUGGUGGCGGCUCCGGAGGAUCCGGAAGCGGCGGAGCCGUACCUCUGCCCAUACUCUCGCUGAUGCCCUCGUUCAUGCGCAGCGGAGCACCUCUGCCCGCGUCGGUGGCAACAGCGGCCAGCAUUCUGGCCGGAGGAAUCGGCAGCGGCAGCUCCUCGGACUCGACAGCCCUUCCCAGCGUUCCCUACCAGAACGGAAUCCUGGGUACACGUUCCGCAUCGCCCGCAGUAAUGGGCAGCAGCGGAUUCCGGGCAGCCACUGCCAUUCCCAAGCGUCCACCGGCCGCCUCGUCGCCCCCUCAAUCGGGACUGGGUCUCGGUGGCUCUCCCACGCCGCCCCAGUCGCAGCAGCAGGCUAAUGGUGGCGCUCCCGCCGGAGGAGCUGGGCGCAAGGACAAGGACUAUGUCGUGGAGCCAGAGGUGGCCCAGAUGCAGCGCCCCAUUAUUCGCGAGGAGGACUUAGAGCGUCUGAACGCCAUCGCCAAGGACGACAGCUGGACCAAGCAGGACGACAUUGACUAUACGAAGAAACUGACCUUCUCGGACGACGAGUCCACGCCGGACGAGCAGCCGGGCAAGUCCCAGCUGGCGGGCAACGAUCAGCGCAAGCUCUCCAGCUCCAACUCAUCCUCUAGCUGGCAGCGCGGCAAGGACAGCAGCGAGCGCGAUCAGUCCCAGCAGGAUUCAGUCCAGGAGCAGCCACAGCAGCAGGAGAUCCGCCAGCAGAACGGACAUCGCGGCAGCUCCGGCAACGUGGGCGCCCCGGUAGCCGGCGGCAUUGCUCUGGACGCCAGUGUCUACGAGCGGGUGAAGCAGCGCAAGGAGGAGGAGGAGCGCCGCGAGAUGGAGCGCAAGCAGGCGGCGGCCAAGAAGCUGCAGGAGCUGGAGAUGAAAAUGAACAGCAAGAAGGCAGCGGCUGCCGCGGCAGCAGGAGCUGACGGCGGACUAAUCUCAUCCUCGUCGGCAUCCGCCUCGUCAUCCAGCGAGGCACCACCACCGUCCGCUCCCCUGGGCAAUGUCAGCGAGGACGAGGGCGGAGGCCAGGGCGGCGGCGGCGGUCAACAUCGUCGACCAAGAGGCAGUAUUUCAAGUCUGGGCAGCGGCGUCACACCGACGGGAGCUGCGGGUGGCGGAGUGUCCUCCUCGUCGUCGACCGGAGGCGGGGACUACGGUCAGAAGACCGGGUUCCUCACCCAUUUCCAAUCGAAUUUACCGCCCCGCUUCCAGCGCCAGCAGCAGCAGCAACAACAACAGCAGCAGCCGCGCCUGGAGAAGAGCGCCUCGGCCAGCAGCGCCUUUGACAGCAGUUCCCGUUACAUGCAGAAGGGCGGCGUCAGUGGCAGCGGCGGCGGCGGUGUCGGAGGAGCGCCCGCCAGUGCCGGCCAGGGCCGAAGCAUUUCCGGUGGCUACGCCCAGCGAGGCGCCAACGUCGGUGGAGCUGGCGGCGGUGGUGGUGGCUACAAUCGCAACCGCCACGACAGCGCCAGUGCUCGGGAGGAUCAGGAGAUAGAGCAGCAGCAGCAGCGAUUCACGCGCGGCCAGGACUACCGGCAGACCCAGACACUGCCACGCAGCAUCUCGGAGAACUCGCACCGCAAGACGAGCGUCUCGUCGGCCGGAGACGACUCCAGCCUGAUGGGCGGAGCUGCUUCCUCGUGGGCCGAGCAGACGGAUGCCGAGCAAAAGGUGCACCAUCGCCACCGCGAGGAGAGCUUCUCCUCCAGCCACAGCCACGACUCGUCGGUGCAGAUCAAGAUCCUGCAGCGUCCAGCCCGUCAGCCGAGUCUCAGCGAGGAGGCUUCCUUGCAGCAGCAGCAGAAGCAGAUUCCCUCCUCGCCCCAACAGCAGCAGUCGCAGCCGAAGGCCUCACCGGCCGAGCCCAUGCCCACCCAGAUACUGCGCCGCAGCGUGGAAACCGAGAAGCCGCCCGAGGAGAAGCUGGCCGGCGACGAUAAGGCCACCUUGGAGUCUGACGCCGACAAGGCCAAGGCAAAGGAAGAGGACAAGGCGGCCGGCAAGAGGCCGAGUCCCAGGAGCGGAGCAGCGGGCGGUGGUCGUGGCGGACGCAGCUAUGCCGCCAGUGGCGGAGCAGGCGCGGGCAACAGCUACCGCGGCCAGAGGAACGCUGGCGGUGACUGGGGCAGUCGAGGCAGCGGACGACGGUAUUACGGCAGCGGCGGCGAGCAGUCGGAGCACUCCGAGGACGUGGACGAGGACUGCUACAGCAGCAGCGGCGGCGGAGGCGGCGCAGCUCGUCGCAGCCCCAAGGAGGCGGGCGGCAGUGCUCCCAACUCGGCGCAGACGGCGGCGGCGGUCAAUAAGGCUGGCUUCUCGCCGCGCGGUGAACCCUCGCGACGUGGACGCGGCGGCCUCUCCAGCGGCGGCGGAGCAGGCAGUUCGGCUGCCGGAUUCCGACGCCAGCCCGUAGGCACUGGCUCGACGGGCGGAGGAGCAGGCGGAGCUGGACCGGGACGCGGCUUCGGAAGACUGGGAUACGAGGAGUACGGCAAGCUGCAGCGCAGCUCCGAGUCGGAAGCGGAUCUGGACAAGACCAAGCAGAACCAGCUGGCACUGAGCGCCGGCUUGCACAAAACCACACCCAAGGAUGAUAAGGACUCCUCGGCCCUGGGCGGCGAGGAGAAGGACAAGACUGCCGGCCACAACACUGCCCUGCUGGCCAAGGACGAGGCGCUGAAGGACUCGCCGGCCCGCCUGCCACCAGGCCUUGCGACUGGCUCCGUAUCCGCCUCCUCCACUGCGGCCGCAGUUUCCGGCCAGGCAGAUCCCAAGAAGAAGGGCGACCCCACCAGCUCGGUGGUGGGCGGCGAGAAGGCGCCGGGCGGCAAGCUGCCGGCCAUCGGCGAGAAGUCGGCCCUGGGAGCCGUCGGUUCCGGCCCCUCAACCGCCAAUCUCCUCCUGGACGCCGGUGCGCCCGUCAACACCAUCAUAUUCGAGAACUCAACGUACAAGCAGCAACAGCAGCAGGCGGCGGCCGCGGCCGUUGUGGCAAAGCCCGUGGGAGCCACCGCACCCGGAUCGGGACCAAGCAGCGGACCAGGAGUGGGUCCGGGUGCCAGCAGCGUGGACAGCCUGUCGAGCGCCCUCUCCCAGAUGAGUUUCGGCGGCAAGGCGUCGACUGUGUCGGUACCCGGCGGCGAGGAUGCGCAAGACCUGAAGCUGGGCUUCAGCUUUGGCGACGGUCCCACCACGCCUCUCAAGGUGGUGGACCCCAUCGAGAAGACCUCCGCCCAGCAGCAGCAGCAGCAGGCGGCAGCGCAGCAGCAGGCACAACAACAACAACAGCAACAGCAGCACUCCCAGCAGCAGCAGCAGAACAACUCGACGGCGGAUCUCAACAUGAAGAUAGCCAGCGUGAAGAAGGUGUGGGAGUCGGCCACGCCCAUGUCGGACGGGCCGUCGUCGGGUCAGCAGCAGUCGCAGCAGACGCCGCAGCAGCAGCAGUCCCAGGCACAGGUGGUGGCCCAGCAACAGCAGCAGCAGGCGCAGGUCCAGGGAGUGGUCGGUUCCCAGCAGGGCGGUGACGAUGCCAGCGGUCAUAUGAGCGCCGCCUCGUUCGUGGCCGCAGCGGUGGCCGCCUCGCAGCAGCAGCACCAGCAGCAGCAACAGCAGCAGCACUCGCAGCAGCAGCAACAGCAGGCCCAUUACGCUGUGUCGGCGGUGCACAUGCAGAGCCACCACCACCAGCAACAGCAGGCGGCAGCGGUGGCGGCGGCGCAGGCGCAGCACCACCAGCAGCAGCAGCAGCAGGUCCACCACCAGCAUCAUGCUCUGUCGUCGCCGGGUCCGGUGCAUGGCUACGGUCAUGGAUCCCCGUUCGAUGCCGGCUCCCUGGAGCAACAGUUCCAGCAGGAGGACUAUCCUAGUCCGCAGCAACAGCAGCAGCAGGCCCAUCAGAAGGCCAAGCAGCUGCAGCAGCAACAACAGCAUCUGGGCAUGUCGCCACCGCCCAGCCAGCAGCAGCAGCACUCCCAGCAGCAGCAACAACAACAGCAGCAGGCCCAUCAGCAACAGGCCCAUCAGCAGCAACAACAACACCAGCAGCAGCAGCAGCAGCAGCAACAACAACAACAGCCGUCAUUCUACCAAGCAUCGCCGCAGUUCGGCGUCGGAGGCAUUCCCACGAUCCCCAGCCCGCCGGCCGUAGUGUUCAAUUCGUCGCAGAUGCCACCGCCGCCGUCGCAGGGCGGCAAUCUGUACGCUUCAUUCCAUUCGCUCGAUCAUUCGAGCCGCUCGCCCGCUGCAUACUCGGCAGCGGCGGCGGCCGCCCACAGCUUCCCGGGCCAUUAUGCGGCCGCAGCAGCGGCGGCGGCAGCAGCCGGCGGUGGACCCUUCAACGUCAACGUGAACGCGUACGCAAUGCAGACGCCGCACGGCGGCAGCCUACCGCCCACAGCGCCCACACCCGACAUGUACUCCAGCCUCUCGACCCAGUUCCGGCUGGGCGGAGGCGUGGGCGUGGGACCCGGCCCCUUCGGCCAGCCCAGCUCCCAGCAACUGAGCAAUCCGAGCAGCCACGCCGCCGUGGCCAUCAUCUCGUCCAGCAGCAACUCCAUGAUGUCAUCGGGCGCGGCCAAGCCGCCGCCCAGCCAGCAACCGAUCGGCGCCAUAGGCUCCAAGUCGGCGGGCAGUGGCGGCGGACCCGGUGGUCCGGGCGGACCUGGCGGGCCGGGCGGACCAGGACCCGGACCCGGACCGGGACCAUAUGCCACCACACAGCAGUACAUGAAUCUUUAUGCCGGUCCGCCGCCGCCCCAGCAUCCCGGCCAGGGCGGACCACCGCCGGGCGCCCAUCAGCUGCAAUCGAACAGCUAUUACUCGAAUUCGGCGCCGGGCGGACCGAGCGGACCCCAGUUCUAUGGUGGCCCGCCGCCGCAGGGCAAUGGCGGAGCCCAGAGCUAUGGGCUGUAUGGUGGGCAUCAGGGCGGACCGCCGGGAUCGAAUGGACCGCCAGGACCGCCGCAGACCCAGCACACGAUGGGCAGCUUCAAUACGCAGUUCUUGAACCUGACGGCGGCCAAUAUGAAUCAGUACCGUGGCGGACCGACGCCCGGAGCGGCCUACCUCAAGGGCAGCCAGGGCCAGGGACACAUGCAGGACUCGAUGGGCCGACAGCUGAAGAGUCCUCUCAGCGCCGACAUGAGCCUCGGCCUGGCCAAGCAGGUGCAGUCACAGCCCAGUCCGCCGCACCACAAGAACUACGGCGCAUGGGAUCUGCAGAAUCAGGUGCUGCAACAGCAGCAGCAGCAGCAAUCUCAGCAACAGCAGCAGCGCCAGGGCGGCACCGGCGGCAACGGCACGAACCUGAAUGCCCUCGGUGUCGGCGUCGUUGUGGGCGGCAAUGGAGGCGGCAACGGUGUCGGCAGCGUGGGACAGAGCGGUGGCGGCCAGGGCCGCUAUCCGACACCCAUCCAGCGACCCAACAACUACCCCCAGCAUCCGCAGCAGCAACAGCAGCGCGACCAGGCAGCGGCCGCAGCAGCGGCGGCCCAGCGCGUCCAGAAUAUGCGUCAGGUGACGGGUGGCGGUGGUGCCGGCGGUGCCGGUGGCUCUGGCUCCCAGGUGGGCGUGGCCGGCAGUGCCGGUGGCAAUGGAAACGCUCCAGUGGGACCACCCGGUGGCAACAACGGCGGCGGACCGGGCGGCAAUGGCGGACCCGGCGGAGCUGGUGGCGGUGGAGCGGGCGGAGCAGCAGGUUCCGGACCGGGCAAGCCCUACUACUCCAAUAAUGCCACCGGAGCCGGUGGCGGUGGCAAUCGUGGCGAGUGGCAUGCGAACUGAGCCACCGUCUCCUACUGCCCCCCGGAUGGAAUGCAGAUGGAAGGUCAACCUUACAACAACAACAACAACAAUGGAUUUGGAUAAAGAAUUACAAAAACAACAAGAACCGGAAAGAAAGAAACUAGCAAAUGCAAAAGAGAGAGAGGAGAAUAACAAUCGAAAACGAAAAAAGAGAAAACAUUCGAAUUGCAAAAAUUGAUAAUUAUGUUGCAAGUAGGAAGGAGCGAGUGACUAAGGAGUCCUCCCCAAAAAAAACAAAAAAAAAUAUAUAUAUUAAAAAAAAUCACAGCCACAACAAAAAAAAAACAUUAAAAAACAG